AUUUCUGUUGUUUGGAGGGGGAAUAAAAAUAUGUGCUGAACCAGGAUGUUCCGUCGGUUUUCUAACAUGGAUGCGUCCACGGGAGGCGAGUUUUGAAGGAGACUUUGCUUUAAGAUGGAAAUCUGUUGGAAGGCAGCGCUGACAGGAUGAAGUGUUCCCGCUGCCUCCUGCCGCUGGUUCGGUCAGGCCGGACUGCUGCCCAGCGCUGUGUCCUGCUGCCGUCCACUAGUCAGCUUAUUGUGCAACACAACGAACAGCAGCAGGUGCUGAGAUAUUUUCAUUGCAGCCCAGCUUCUGCAAAGCGAGGACCUGUACCUGCACAGUUUGUUAAAGAGGACGAGCAGAAGGGGACGAAGUCCUUGGCCACCAAGGAGGACUUGUUUGAGCAGGUGGCCAAAGAGUACAAAACAAAGGACACAUUUAACAAAGUGAUCGAUGUUUUCACCAAGAGGGACAUAAGACGGCGCGGACAUGUAGAGUUCAUCUACGCUGCUUUGAAGAAAAUGUCAGAAUUUGGAGUAGAGAGAGACCUAAAUGUAUACAACAAACUGCUGGAUGUUUUUCCCAAAGAGGUGUUUGUGCCCAGAAAUUUUAUUCAGCGAAUGUUUAACCACUAUCCCAGACAGCAGGAGUGUGGGGUGGAGUUACUGGAGCAGAUGGAGAACUACGGUAUAAUGCCCAACACUGAGACCAAGGUCCUGCUGGUCCAGAUCUUUGGAGAGAAGAGCCACCCUAUGAGAAAGUACCAACGUAUCAUGUACUGGUUUCCAAAGUUCAAGCACAUAAACCCCUUCCCUAUUCCUCAGCCCCUGCCUGAAGACCCAGUGGACUUGGCACACUUGAGCCUGACUCGCAUUGCCAACGACCUGGAUGCUAGGGUUACCAUCUACCAGCUGCCCUGCACAGACUUUACUGAAGGUGGGGAAGAAAUCAAACUUCCACAUAUAGUAGGUAUCCAGAGCCCCAGCCAGAUGGAGCAGCUGGCCAAGCAUAACCCAAAAAAGCCGGUUUUUGUGGAGGGGCCCUUCCCCCUGUGGUUGAGGAAGACCUGUGUCUACUACUAUGUUCUCAGAGCUGACCCCAUCCCACUUGAAGAAAGGGUAGAAGAACCCUAUGAUCCAGAGCGAUGUUUUGACUAUCCUCUGCAGCUAGAUCUUGAUUUGGACCGUGACCUAGGAGAUGAUGAGAGCUUUGACGUGGACGACUUGGAUGAUGGUCCAGUCUUCGCUAUGUGCAUGACCAGUCAGGGAGACCAGGCCACUCUGAACCAGUGGAUCUCUGGCCUCCAGCAGAACAAUCCUAUUUUAGGUGAAGUUCCCACUCUGUUCCGUCUGGAUGCUGGAACUCAGGAACUGCAAGGGGCAGCAGACACAGAACCGGGCUAUCGCCAUCAACCUCACCCAGAGGCUCAAAGGGAAGAACCGCAGCCUGCUGAAGAUCCUGAGGCUGUAGUGGAAGAGGAGUCCAGGAGAAGCCAUGGGAUGAAACAAUGAAUUCUUAAUUACAGAGCAUGAACACAAUUUUUUUCUGCUGAGAAGUUUUAGUUUCUUCUGGGCAGACUUCUUUAAAAAGUAGUCAACUUAAAAACGAAUGCAUCACAACUUGAGGAGAAAUGUGAAAAGGUCCAUAAAAUUCAGCUGUCCAGUAUGUCAUUCAGAACACAAAACUGCUUUACUCCAAAUAGAACUGCUGCUAUCACAUUUAUUUACUUAAAAAUAAAACACAACAGAGAACAGCCAGACAGUCAAAAAUUCAAAUGAAUCAACAAUAUCCUCUGCAACUCAUGGCUGCACUACAGAAUACCCUGGAUACACAAAGGCCUCCUGGUUUUAUAGCAGUAGUCUGAUUACAUGAUCAAAUCAGAAGUCUCAAAGGACCUGCUGAUCAGCAAAUAAAACAGACAUUUGUUCUCAAAUGUUGAAGAAAAA